CUCUUUCUCAGCUCUUUUUUUAUUUAUUUUCAUCCAAUCAUCCUAAACCAAACCCCAUUUCUUUCUCCAAAAUCAGCAUAAUACGAUUGACAAAAAAAUCGAUUGCGCCGCUAUUUCCAACCAAAAAGGAUUAAAUUUUUGUCCCCAGAUUUGAAAAAUAAAAAAUGUCAUCUUUCAGGUUUCCGUUACAAUAAUUUUCUGAAACCAAAACAUGCCAAUAUUUUUCCCUAUUUAUUUUUUAUAUUUAUAUUUAUAUAUUGGAGAACCAAACAAUUCGAAUAUUUCAUUGCUUUUUGUCCCCCCCACUCCACCUCCAUUUCUUUUCUUUAUUAAAGUCCAGGAAAUUCUCUGCUUUUUAUUUAUUUAUUUAUAUUUUUAUGUUUAAUUUUUUUUAUUAUUGUUAUUGUGAUUGCAGGGUAUUAAAUUCUCUUCGGCGAUUCAGAAUUUUAGCUGGAAAAUCUCUUCUUUGACUUGUAAAUGCAAUUCUGUAGAUACUUUCCACCUUGGUUUUGUCAAAUUCUUGCGUAUAUGGGAGCAGAGGUUGCCUUGGAUGCUUCACAAAACCUUCAGUAACUAUUCCAAUGGACGAGCCAUCUAAAGGACUAAGAACUCAAGGUCAAACAGUAAAUAAAGACAACAGAACAGAAAAUAUCUGGAGCAGCAGCACUUUUGAAAUGGAUAAUAGUGCUGCUCAGUCCCAGAGAAGCAUCUCAUCGAUCGUAAUGUCAAAUAAUCCUUCUGAUCCUCAAAGUAGUACCGGGAGUGAAAUUGGUCCGGCUGAAUUUGUCAACCAUGGUCUUCUUCUCUGGCAUCAGACAAGGCAGCAAUGGGUUGGGAAUAAAAUCUCCGAGAGUCAGAAGGAAGUUCGAGAACCGAGAAUAAGUUCGAACGCCACCUACGACAACCUUCUCGGAAACAACAAACACUUUCCUCAACCAAUCCCUCUGAGAGAAAUGGUUGACUUUCUUGUUGAUAUUUGGGAGCAAGAGGGUCUAUAUGACUGACCAAGGAUCUUUUUUUUUUAAACAAGAGAAUUGUUGUGAAUGGUGUAACUGUUUGCAAGCUAUUGUUACUCCCUUUUAUGAGGCUUCUAUUCUAAAUGAAUUAGAUUAAAUUAAUUUAUAAUGUCCAUUGAUUAAAUUCCUACUGCAAAUUA